AUGGGAGACUCUGUUGUAGACCCAGCCCGAGGGACAGGCGUGGACCAGGCGCCCGGCUCGGUGCCCCAAGGGAAUGGCGGGACGUCUCUCAGCGUCAUCACGGAAGGUGUCGGGGAGCUGGCGGUCAUCGACCCCGAGGUGGCGAAGAAAGCCUGCGAAGAGGUCCUGGAGAAGGUCAAGUUGAUGCACGGCGUCUCCUCCGACAGCUUAACAAAACUGUCCGAUGGCAGCGAGGCAGAGCGCGCCCCACGGACCGCGGUGGAUUUGGCCAACGGAGAUGUCGGGGAGGGCUGUGAAAUCAAGUGCUUGGACGAUCCGCCUGGCACGGCCUCCAAGAUCCAGGAGGAGGACGAGACCAUGGCCAACACGGUGAAAACCGCCCGGAAGCGGCAGAAGGAUAACUCUGCUAAGCAGUCCUGGCUCCUCCGGCUCUUUGAAUCCAAACUCUUUGAUAUCUCCAUGGCCAUUUCAUACCUGUACAAUUCAAAGGAACCUGGUGUGCAGGCUUACAUUGGGAAUAGGUUGUUCUGCUUUAGGAACGAAGAAGUGGACUUCUACCUGCCACAGCUGCUGAAUAUGUACAUUCACAUGGACGAGGACGUGGGAGAUGCGAUCAAGCCCUACAUCGUGCACCGCUGCCGGCAGAGCAUCAACUUCUCCCUGCAGUGUGCCCUGCUGCUGGGUGCCUACUCCUCGGACAUGCACAUCUCCACUCAGCGACACUCCCGUGGGACCAAGCUGCGGAAACUCAUCCUCUCGGACGAGUUGAAGCCAGCUUACAAGAAGAGGGAGCUGCCGUCGCUGAGCCCGGCGCCCGAUAUGGGGCUGUCUCCUUCCAAAAGGACUCACCAGAGGUCCAAGUCGGACGCCACCGUCACCAUCAGCCUGAGCAGCAAUCUGAAGCGCACAGCCAGCAAUCCCAAAGUUGAGAGCGAGGAAGAG